AUGAAUGGUACCCCAGAAGAAGCUCUUGCAGCACUGCAGGAUCUGGAGAAGGAAGGUGAUCUGAAGCAGCGACUUGCGAUUGUUCGCAUCAGCGAGCCAAUUUCCUUGGAGGGCGGGCACGCUGGUCCGUCGCCUUCUAAGCGGAGGUCGGAUGUUUCUGUUUUUGAAGAUCCGACUCCUGCCUCACUAGAGGCAGAUCUCACACAUUAUAAAGAACUAUUCUCGAAACUGCGAUUCUCUUACCUCGAGCAAGUAACGAAAGAAAAGUUCCUGCGCGCCAUCGUAGGCGAUCCGCCAGUGAUUGUCGGACACAACGAGAACAUGGAAUUGGAAACUCAGCUGGCGGACGUGAAGGCUGAACUGAAGGCCCGGAAAGAAGAUGCGCGCAUAAUGAUUGAGGAAAUGGAAGCAAUGGGCCGUGACUUGGCAAGCCGCUAUAAGAAUGUGGAGCUUCAAACGACACAGCUCUCGACAUUACCCGCUUCAAUUGAGAAUCUCGAGUCCACUAUCGCAGGUCUCCGGGCUAAGCAGGUCGCGAACAUGGACCCCUCCGACCCCAACGCCUCCUCGUAUCAGAACUUUUCUCUUCCUGUUACAUUAUCACUGUUAGCUGAACGGGAAGCAGAGCUAGCGUCGCUAAAUCGUCAGCUCGCUGCUGUGCAGAACACUCUGCCGCGAAAGACUCGAGAGGCCGAGGCCAUAGAAAGAGAGAGCAGCGUCCUAGAGCGACGGAAGGAGGAAGCUAUAAUGCAAGCUCGUGAAGCACAACGGAAGAAACAACAGGGUGAAAGUGAUGGACUAGAGGAGAUGGGAAGGUGGUACAGGGGAGCGGAGGAGGCCUUGAAGGAACUAGUUGGGACCGAGGCAUAG